AUGUUAGACUUAUGCCACAUUGAUCAGGAAGAAAAAAGGUUCAACAGCCUGCACUCUGACGGCGAUGUCCCGGUUCCAAGCUCUACAGUUUCGUGGGCCUCAUUUCAGAGGUACAAGAACAACUCGAAGCGCGUGGCUAAUCUGCUGAAGCCCGCUGUUGAAAAAUAUCCAAAUUAUGAACUGGUGCAACGGUUGGAAAAACUUACCUCUAAAUACCACACCUCUGUCCCUAUGGUAAUUUCAUCGUGGCUGCGAAAAGACGACCUUGCGCUCCAGCUAAAUGACGACGAUAGACAGUUUCUUGACGAAACGCUCAAACUCAUCUAG